CGGGGCGCGGCGGGUGCGGGACUCGGCGGGCACCCGCGCUCCGAGAGGCGUCGGCGCGGCGCCGACGGGAGGAGCCCCGCGCCGCAGGACGCGCAGCCGGCCGGGCCGCCCAGGAAGCAGGAGUAUGUAAGCUACGUUGUGGUGUUUCUUAAUUUGGAUUCAUUCGAUGGCUACUUGACUUGCCUGCGGGAGGACUCUCUGCUCUUAUAGUUCCUGUCACUGGUUCUCCUCAAAUUCAUUGAUUCUCUGCUUGAGUGUCAUUUUCAAGUCAUUGAGCAUUGAUAUGAUACCUGUCCUAUAUACUUCUUCAGGAAUUGAUGCGUGUACGUGGUGGGUCAUUAUGCUGCUGCACCUGUGUAGUGUGAAGAAUCUGUACCAGAACAGGUUUUUAGGCCUGGCUGCCAUGGCAUCUCCAUCGAGAAACUCACAGAAUCGACGCCGCUGCAAAGAGCCGCUGCGACACAGCUACAGCCCUGGCCAGCUGCACAGCAUGGCCCUCAGAACAGGCCCCCACGGCACCGUGACCAUCCCCCGCUCCACCAGCGACACCGACCUGGUCACCUCAGACAGCCGCUCCACGCUCAUGGUCAGCAGCUCCUACUAUUCCAUAGGACACUCGCAGGACCUGGUGAUCCACUGGGAUAUAAAGGAGGAGGUGGAUGCUGGAGACUGGAUUGGCAUGUACCUCAUUGAUGAGGUCUUGUCAGAAAAUUUCCUGGACUAUAAGAACCGCGGAGUCAAUGGUUCUCACCGGGGUCAGAUCAUCUGGAAGAUUGAUGCCAGUUCUUAUUUUGUGGAACCUGAAACUAAGAUCUGCUUCAAAUAUUACCAUGGAGUAAGUGGAGCUCUGCGAGCUACCACCUCCAGUGUCACAGUCAAAAACUCUGCAGCCCCUAUUUUUAAGAGCAUUUGUUCUGAUGAAGGUGUUCAAGGGCAAGGAAGUCGCAGGCUGAUUAGCUUUUCUCUCUCAGAUUUCCAAGCUAUGGGACUAAAGAAGGGGAUGUUUUUCAACCCAGACCCUUACUUGAAGAUUUCCAUUCAACCUGGGAAGCACAGCAUCUUCCCUGCCCUCCCUCACCACGGGCAGGAGAGGAGAUCGAAGAUCAUAGGCAACACUGUGAACCCCAUUUGGCAGGCUGAGCAAUUCAGCUUCGUGUCCUUGCCCACUGAUGUGCUGGAAAUUGAGGUGAAAGACAAGUUUGCCAAGAGCCGCCCCAUCAUCAAGCGCUUCUUGGGAAAGCUGUCGAUGCCUGUUCAGAGACUCCUGGAAAGACAUGCAAUAGGGGACAGAUUGGUCAGCUACACACUUGGUCGAAGGCUUCCAACAGAUCAUGUGAGUGGACAGCUGCAAUUCCGAUUUGAGAUCACUUCCUCCAUCCACCCAGAUGACGAGGAGCUAUCGCUGAGCGCCGAGCCCGAGGCGAACGGCGGCCCCGAGAGCGGUGCGGAGGCGGCGGGAGCCGAGCGGGGCCCCGGGCCGGACCGGGAGCCCGAGCCAGAGGCGGCGGAGGCGGAGGCGGAGCGCGCGGAGCUCGCCGAGGAGCCGCCCGCGAGCCCGGCCGAGAGCGCCGAGGGCGCCGAGCCGCCGCCCGCGAGCCCGGCCGAGCCCGCCGAGCAGCCGGCCGAGGGCGCCGAGGAGCCGCCCGCGAGCCCGGCCCAGAGCGCCGAGGAGCCGGGCGGGGCCGGCCCGGGCAGCGCGGCGGAGCCGGGCGGGGAGCGCGAGCCCGGGGAGCCCGAGCCCGGGGAGCGCGAGCCCGGCGAGCCCGAGCCCGGGGAGCCGGGCGGCCAGGGGGAACCGGGGCCCGGCCAGGACGCGCCGGCCCGCGCCGCCGCCAAGAGGAAGUGCCGGCCCUGCUCGCUGCCCGUGUCCGAGCUGGAGACGGUCAUCGCCUCGGCCUGCGGCGACCCCGAGACCCCGCGCACCCACUACCUGCGCAUCCACACGCUGCUGCACAGCCUGCCCUCGGCGCAGGCCCGCGCCGACGACGACGGCCCGGAGGACGAGCCCACGCUCAAGGACGCGCCCGACAAGGAGGCGCCCAGCGAGGGCGACACGGUGGCCGCCGAGCCGCCGGCCGGCGCGGGCGGCGAGGGCGACUGGAGCCCGCGGCCGGGCGCGGGGCCGCGCUGCGAGGCCUGCGACGGGUCCUGCUGCAGCCCCUCCUGCCACAGCUCGUCCUGCUACAGCACGUCCUGCUACAGCUCCUCGUGCUACAGCGCCUCGUGCUACAGCCCCUCGUGCCACAACGGCAGCCGCUUCGCCAGCCACACGCGCUUCUCCUCCGUGGACAGCGCCAAGAUCUCCGAGAGCACCGUCUUCUCGUCCCAGGACGACGACGACGAGGAGAACAGCGCCUUCGAGUCGGUGCCCGACUCCAUGCAGAGCCCCGAGCUGGAGCAGGAGCCCGGCGGCGGCGCGGCGCCCUGGCCCGCCGGCCCCUCGGCCGCGGCCGCCGAAGGUCUGGAGUCCCCCCUGGCAGGGCCGAGCAGUCGGAGAGAAGGUGAAUGUAUUACACUCCAUAAUUCCCAGCCAGUAAGCCAGCUUCCUUCCUUGAGGCCUGAACAUCAUCACUACCCAACAAUCGAUGAGCCUCUUCCACCAAACUGGGAAGCUCGCAUCGACAGUCACGGCCGGGUCUUCUAUGUGGACCACGUGAACCGCACGACCACCUGGCAACGUCCGACAGCAGCAGCCACCCCUGAUGGGAUGCGGAGGUCUGGGUCCACCCAGCAGAUGGAGCAGCUCAAUAGGCGGUACCAAAACAUUCAGAGAACCAUUGCAACAGAGAGACCUGAAGAAGAUUCUGACGGCCAAAGUUGUGAGCAACUCCCAGCAGGAGGAAGUGGCGGAGGUGGAGGGAGUGACUCAGAGGCUGAAUCUUCUCAGUCAAGUCUCGAUCUAAGGAGAGAAGGUGCACUUUCACCAGUGAACUCACAAAAAAUCACCUUGCUUCUGCAGUCCCCAGCAGUCAAGUUUAUCACCAACCCUGAGUUCUUCACUAUCCUGCAUGCCAAUUAUAGUGCCUACCGCGUCUUCACCAGUAGCACCUGCUUAAAGCACAUGGUUCUAAAAGUUCGGCGAGACGCACGCAAUUUUGAACGCUACCAGCACAACCGGGACUUGGUGAAUUUCAUCAAUAUGUUUGCAGAUACAAGACUGGAAUUGCCCCGGGGCUGGGAAAUCAAAACAGACCAGCAGGGAAAGUCUUUCUUUGUGGACCACAACAGUCGAGCUACCACGUUCAUUGAUCCUCGAAUCCCUCUUCAGAAUGGUCGUCUUCCUAAUCAUCUGACACAUCGACAGCACCUCCAGAGGCUCCGAAGUUACAGUGCUGGGGAGGCUUCAGAAGUCUCUAGACACAGAGGAACCUCUUUGUUGGCUAGACCAGGACACAGUUUGGUAGCUGCUAUCCGAAGCCAGCAUCAACAUGAAUUGUUGCCACUGGCAUAUAAUGACAAGAUUGUGGCAUUUCUGCGCCAGCCAAACAUAUUUGAAAUGCUGCAAGAGCGUCAGCCAAGCUUGGCAAGGAAUCAUACACUCAGGGAGAAAAUCCAUUACAUUCGGACUGAGGGUACUCAUGGGCUUGAAAAGUUGUCUUAUGACGCAGAUCUGGUUAUUUUGCUAAGUCUCUUUGAAGAAGAGAUCAUGUCCUAUGUCCCCCUGCAGGCUGCCUUCCACCCUGGGUACAGCUUUUCUCCCCGCUGUUCUCCCUGUGCCUCACCUCAAAACUCCCCAGGUUUGCAGAGAGCCAGUGCAAGAGCCCCUUCACCCUAUCGAAGAGACUUUGAGGCUAAACUUCGCAAUUUCUACCGAAAACUGGAAGCCAAAGGAUUUGGUCAGGGUCCAGGGAAAAUUAAGCUCAUCAUUCGUCGAGACCACUUGUUGGAGGGAACUUUCAAUCAGGUGAUGGCUUAUUCCCGGAAAGAACUCCAGCGAAACAAGCUCUAUGUCACCUUUGUUGGAGAGGAGGGCCUGGACUACAGUGGUCCUUCACGAGAGUUCUUCUUCCUUUUGUCUCAAGAGCUCUUCAAUCCUUACUAUGGACUCUUUGAAUACUCUGCAAAUGAUACUUAUACAGUGCAGAUUAGCCCCAUGUCUGCAUUUGUGGAAAAUCAUCUUGAAUGGUUCAGAUUUAGUGGUCGUAUCCUAGGCCUGGCUCUGAUCCAUCAAUACCUUCUCGAUGCUUUCUUCACAAGGCCCUUCUAUAAAGCACUACUGAGACUACCCUGUGACUUGAGUGACCUGGAAUAUUUGGAUGAAGAAUUCCAUCAGAGCUUGCAGUGGAUGAAGGACAAUAACAUUACAGAUAUUCUAGAUCUCACUUUUACUGUUAAUGAAGAAGUUUUUGGACAGGUGACAGAAAGGGAGUUAAAAUCUGGGGGAGCCAAUACCCAGGUGACUGAAAAGAACAAGAAGGAAUACAUAGAGAGGAUGGUGAAGUGGCGGGUGGAACGAGGCGUGGUACAGCAGACAGAAGCCCUGGUUCGAGGCUUCUAUGAGGUUGUAGAUGCCAGGCUUGUAUCUGUGUUCGAUGCCAGGGAGCUUGAGCUGGUUAUAGCUGGUACAGCAGAAAUCGACCUCAAUGACUGGAGGAAUAACACUGAGUACCGGGGAGGUUAUCAUGAUGGUCAUCUUGUGAUCCGCUGGUUCUGGGCUGCAGUGGAGCGCUUCAAUAAUGAGCAAAGACUAAGAUUACUUCAGUUCGUCACCGGAACAUCCAGUGUACCAUAUGAAGGCUUUGCAGCUCUUCGAGGAAGCAAUGGGCUUAGGCGUUUCUGCAUAGAAAAAUGGGGGAAAAUUACAUCUCUCCCCAGGGCACACACAUGCUUCAAUCGAUUGGAUCUUCCAUCUUAUCCCUCGUACUCCAUGUUGUAUGAAAAGUUGUUAACAGCAGUAGAAGAAACCAGCACCUUUGGACUUGAAUGAGGAAAAGAAAAUUCAACUGACGUUUUCCGGGCCAGUGACAUGACCCUUUUCUGGGAUGAAUCUCCUUCCCCUUUCAACUCUCCUUUGAUUUUGAUAUUCCAUGAUUUUUAUUUCCAAACAAAAUUAUGAUUGACAAAAGCUGUGCAUGAAGAACUGCCUUCUAAGAUCUAGCCUUCAGGCUUCUAUUUUCAGUGAACUGCUAGUCCGUAUGCAAUAUUUUAAAAAGCAGCUGUCUCCAGGUCUGUGUGUAUCUCCACAUACCUCCAUAAUUAACAGUGAAAUAUGAAUGCAAGUUAUGUGACACUUGACCAAAUGGUAAUAAAUGUUUACUUCCAUUUAUAUGGUUUCAAAGAAAAUUUGGACAUUAAGCAUUUCAAGCUUUUAUAUACCUAUAUCUUCUUAGCAGAACCACCAUUUUUCAUAAUUUUCAAUGACCAACUCCAGAACUAGGAGCUGAUGAACUUUUGAUUUUCCUUCCACCCUGUGUACACCAUCCAUCCAAAAACAUCAGUGCAAAACCAAAAGUUUUAUACAUUUCAUGAGUCAUUUGUGGAACUAGCCUAGACAUAUGGUGCAAAAAAGUACUUUCCAACAAAUAAUAACAAGAAGAAAAACACUGCUUGCUAAGGCAGCACAGUGCAUACCAAUGGUUGUGGAGAGUGCGGCUCAGUUUAAAUUCUGAGAAGUCUAGAACAGGGAGCGCGCCUUCAUGAGCAUGCGCCACACGAGAAGCACAAACUCAUUCACAGGUCUAAGAAGGAGUGUCUCACUGUGUAGCAUAAGCAAGGCUCCAUUCCCAUUGUGUUGCGUAUAGUAUGAAGCAACCAGAAGUGGAAAGAUGUGUUCGGUUGAAUAGCUUGAGUUCUGCACUGUUUUGUUUUACUUUGCUUUGUUUACCCUAGUAGUUCUCCUUCAAAAGGAGAAAAAUUGUAUAUAAAUAAUAUCGAUGUUUGUUAAAGCCAGGUAAUUACUUGCUUGGCAAACAAACCAACCUUCAUUUGGUGAUUUUUUAUGCUGUCGUUUGUUUUUGUUUUUCAUAAUCAUGAUUUCAAGUUCCUUCAUAUCCACUAAGGAGCUGCAGAGAGUGAUGGUGCUUGUUAGGGAUCAAGGGCAAUAUAAUACUUCUGCUUAAUUCAGAGCAGUUUUCCUGAAGCAGAGAGUUAACACCCCAAAACCAUUUUGAUUUGUGUUAAAAUGCCCAUUCUCUUUUAGCAUUCAACAUUCUCAUAAAACAUAGCGUUAAAAAAAAAAAGCUGUAGGCUCCAAAGGCAGCCCAGCCUCUUGAAUACGUUUGGAAUAAGAUCCAAAGUAAUGGUCAUUUGAUAUUUUCCUAACCUUGAUACCCAUGUUGUCUGAAAUAUGUCACGAAUGAAAGUGUUUUCUUCACUGGGAAAAGAGCUAAAAGGGCCCCUCUGUUGAUAUGUCACAUUGUUUUCAGUAAGUUUAAAAGGAAGAAAUUUGAAGCAUGUAAGAUGAAGCUAACUUUAUAUGAGGCCAUACUUUGUGUGUUCAUUUCAUCAGUUUGUGUCUGGAGAGUGCAUUUGUUAUGUUCCCUGCACUACAAGAGGAAAUGUUCUUUUGUUGAAAUUCUUUACAAUCCCCAGCAUCCCGACCUGCUGCUCUGCUUCUGCUAUUAGUCAGGGAAUACACAUGCUAUGGAAAGUUAGUGUCUCAUUUUUUGGGCUAAAAUAAAUAUUAAUAAAGAUAGUAAAAUGUUAAUAUUAGAUAAUAUAGGGCUUGAGGAAUCUGUAAAUUCAGUGUAUAUUUUUAAAAGUUAACGAAUUUCCCAUGGAACUCUUAUAAAAUCAUAACAUCAAAAUUAUGCAAAUCAUCUCAUCAUUCUAACUCUGAAUAGCAUCUUCAGUAUAGAAGCGCCAUUUUACUUUUAGAACUUGGUGUUGUGUGUAUGUAAAUAAUUAUUAAUUUAAGCAUUUAAUUCCUUUAAAAAUGUAUUAUUUAUUAGACACUGACAAGGGAGAAAGCUGUUCAAAAAGUGCAAACUACUCCUAGGUAGCUUUACAAUUUAUAUAAUAAAUUUAUCUGAUUAGAUAUCAAUCUAAUGCCUAAUCCACCCAUAUACAGAAAAAAAAUCAAAAUAUCCUAGAAAUUGUAGGAUAAUUUGGACACAAAUUUUUUAAAUGGGGUCAUUCCCAGCUGUGCUGGGAUGUGGGGCAGCCUCUCCUGGGAAUUUUCUGCCUGCAGUGCAGGCCUGACAGUCUGGUGCUCAGGCCCGGCGGUGCUUGGGAGCCACCCCAGAGGUGCUUAGGGGCCACCUAGGCUACACAUUGUGGUGCUUGAGGGGUCCAUAAGGUUCUGGGGAUUGAACUCAGGGCCUCACACAUGCUAGGCAGGUGCUCUUCUACUUGAGUUACCUUUCUGGCCGUACACGAAUUAUAAACUAAACUUUCCUUAGUUCCCCUCAAUGCCAUGGUUCUAGAUCUAUUCCACAAAGCUUUACAGGAACAGAAUUUUAUAAAAAAUUAAAUUUCUGAAA